UCAAGAAGACACGCCCACCCCGGGGUUUUCCUUCUCGUACACUUCCGCAAAGUUUCCAUCUCUUCACCUCCUGCCUCCUCUUCCUCCUCUUCCUCCUCCUCAGCGAGUCCAGACGCUCCGACGCUUUCCGCAGAAACAUGAGUGAAAUUAAGCCUCCGAGUCCAACUGGGGACGAGGACAGCGGCGAGGAGAAGGACUGGGCCGCGGCCAAAGCUUUCUUUGACAACCUCAAAACCAACAAACCGAGACCUCCCAAACCGCAGUACGCCGUCACCAUCGCCGUCUCCUCCCGCACCCUCUUCAACAUGGUGGUCGAGAGGCAGAUCUACGAGGACGAGGGGGUCGAGAAGUACGUGGCCUACCAGGUGGAGCACGAGAGCGAGCCCCUGAAACCAGGCGCCGCUUUCCCCUUCGUCAAGGCGCUGAUGAACGUCAACGCUCGGCUGAGGGAGCUCUACCCCGACAGCGAGGAGCUGUUUGACAUCGUCUUAAUGACCAACAACCACGCACAAGUCGGGGUGCGCCUCAUAAACAGCAUUAAUCACUACGAUUUGACCAUCGAGAGGUUCUGUAUGACGGGAGGCAAAAGCCCAAUGGGUUACCUCAAGGCCUACUUGACCAACCUGUACCUCUCCAAGGACUCAGAGAAAGUGACAGAGGCCAUAGAGCAUGGAAUCGCUGCAGCCACAAUGUUUAUGCCGGACACCCAGACUCAGCUGAGCGACACUCAGCUCAGGGUGGCGUUCGACGGAGACGCCGUCCUCUUCUCUGACGAGUCUGAGAUCAUUGUGAAGAAACACGGCCUGGACUCUUUCUUUGAGCACGAGAAGGAAUUUGAGAACAAACCUCUUGCUCAGGGUCCUUUAAAGUGCUUCCUGGAGGCUCUGGGGAAGCUCCAGAGAAAGUUCUACGCCAAGAACGAGCGCUUGAACUGUCCCAUCCGAACCUACCUGGUCACGGCCCGCAGCGCCGCCAGCUCGGGGGCUCGCGUCCUGAAGACCCUGCGCAGCUGGGGCCUGGAGAUCGACGAGGCCCUCUUCCUGGCAGGCGCUCCUAAAGGGCCCCUGCUGGGGAAAAUCAGGCCGCACAUCUACUUUGACGACCAGAUGUUCCACAUCGAGGGCGCCAGGGAUACGGGAACCAUAUCUGCACACGUGCCCUACGGGAUCGGACAGAAGUACCACAAGGGUACACUCAUCGAGCAGCCCGCUAAAAAGGAGUAAGCACAGGGGAGUACAAAUAUUAAACAUACACUAUGUUUCAUCUGCAGUAAAAGAGAUUUGUACUCUGGAAGAUGAUCUAUUACACAUUUUUAGAAGACUGAGGCAAUGAAUCGUUAAUGCAGUCAAGGUUUACUUAUUGGGGGGGUUAUAAAGGUUUUUUUUUUUAUCAGUGGGGGGUUAUUUUCAAAUCAAGAGUUACACCAUUAUGCCUUACACUACUUCACCAACUGCUGUUUUAGAAGAGAAACAACAGGUUCCUCACCUGUUGUGACCACAUGUCUGUUCCUGUUUACCUUUUGAAAGGUGUGCCGUUAUACCAAUGUGUAGUUUAUUUUAUAUAUCUUGCUUUUGGCUUUUGGUUCUUGUCAUGUAAUACAUAACCACGUUGGGAUAAUGCUGUAUAUCUGUUUCUUCUACAUUGGGUCUAUUAUAGUAACAUCACCAGCCAGGUUGUGGGUAAAUUUCCAACUGCAGCCAACAUUUUUUGUGUUGUCUCACAUUUAAUGGGUCUCGGGAACGUCAGGUUUUUAUUUUUAUUUUAAAGGGACGUUUAUCAAGCUAGCAUCUAAAAGGCUUAAAAACUGUUGCUGUCUGUUUUAGUAACUGUCUUUGCUGUUGAUGCGCAAACUUUCACAGUCAUGUCCUGUGAGUUGUUUACACUUAAAGCUGUUUGUACGUCGGGCACUGUAACCACACAUUGCUUUCAUGCUUUUAUAUGGGAGCGACGACACAAUGUAUGUAAGCUGGAGGCGUUUUGUGUAUUUUAUAUUGCAAAAGCUCUAAAAAUGUAUAAAUAUCUGAAUAUCAUCCAGGAGUUACACAGUUACACUUGAUUGUAAAUAUAUCAACACUGAUAAUAUUUCUCUCUAUUUUGCAUGUAUUGCUAUUAUGUUGCAGUAACACAGUAAUAUUUUUACAACAUUUGACUUUUUCUAUGCUCUGAUGUGUGUGUUUUGAAAAAAAAAUUAUGUGGUAGAUAAAUAAAGAAAUGUGGACGACA